UCUAGCAGCUAUCUUCAUGGUGACUGCGUGGCCGGGGGGAAACCUGAUCGGCCAGAUCCAGCCGAAACCAGGAGGGAGGGAGUGGGCUUUCCGGAGGGGGGGAAGAGGGAGGGAGACGAAGGAGGAGGAGUAAGAAAGGGGGAAAGAAAGAGGAAAAGAGUGCGAGGGAGUGAGGGAGGGAGGAAAAUAAACAACAAAAAAUGUCCUCUUCCUCCCCCACCGGGCAGAUCGCAAGUGCGGCGGACGUCAAGCAGGAGAAUGGGAUGGAAAGCGCCUCGGAGGGGCGCGAGGCGCGCCAGGAGGCGGCGGCGGCGGCGGGGCUGAGCCCCCCGGCCCCGACCCCGACCCCGGCCCCCUUCUCCCUGGAACCCGGAGACGCCGCGGCCCCCGCCGCCGGGGCGAGCGCGGAGGAAGGGGCGGCGGCGGCGGAUCAGGUACAACUCCGCGCGGGACUGGUGGGCAGGCGCCACCCCGCCGCCGCCGCGCGGACCCCGCUGGCCUUCUCGCCCGACCACGUCGCCUGCGUGUGCGAGGCGCUGCAGCAGGGGGGCAACCUGGACCGCCUGGCCCGGUUCCUGUGGUCCCUGCCCCAGAGCGACCUGCUACGUGGCAACGAGAGCCUGCUGAAGGCGCGGGCGCUCGUGGCCUUCCACCAGGGCAUCUACCCCGAGCUCUACAGCAUCCUCGAGAGCCACAGCUUCGAGUCGGCCAACCACCCGCUGCUGCAGCAGCUCUGGUACAAGGCGCGCUACACCGAGGCCGAGCGAGCCCGCGGCCGGCCGCUGGGCGCCGUGGACAAGUACCGGCUGCGCAGGAAAUUCCCGCUGCCCCGCACCAUCUGGGACGGCGAGGAGACCGUGUAUUGUUUCAAGGAGAAGUCGCGCAACGCGCUCAAGGAGCUCUACAAACAGAAUCGCUACCCUUCGCCCGCCGAGAAGCGGCACCUGGCCAAGAUCACCGGCCUCUCCCUGACCCAGGUCAGCAACUGGUUCAAGAACCGGCGGCAGCGCGACCGGAACCCCUCCGAGACCCAGUCCAAAAGUGAGUCAGAUGGCAAUCCCAGCACUGAAGAUGAAUCCAGCAAGGGACAUGAGGAUCUGUCUCCUCACCCAAUCUCCAGUUCAUCAGAUGGGAUCACCAACCUCAGCCUUUCCAGUCAUAUGGAGCCAGUAUAUAUGCAACAAAUUGGAAAUGCUAAAAUAUUAAGCUCUUCUGGAGUUUUAUUGAAUGGAAGCUUGGUACCUGCAAGUGCUUCACCUGUCUUCCUUAAUGGUAAUUCUUUUAUUCAGGGACCCAGUGGAGUUAUCCUUAAUGGAUUAAAUGUGGGAAAUACACAGACCGUGUCAUUGAACCCACCAAAAAUGUCAUCAAACAUUGUGAGCAAUGGUAUAUCCAUGACUGACAUACUGGGGUCUACCUCCCAGGAUGUGAAGGAAUUCAAAGUCCUCCAGAGUUCUGCAGCUAACUCAGCCGCUACCACCUCCUACAGCCCCAGUGCCCCCAUGUCAUUCCCAGGGCUGAUACCCAGCACUGAGGUGAAAAGAGAAGGCAUUCAAACAGCAGCUUCCCAGGAGGGGGGCUCGGUAGUGACUUUUACUACACCAGUACAAAUUAACCAGUAUGGCAUUGUCCAGAUCCCCAAUUCCGGAGCAAAUGGCCAGUUCCUUAAUGGGACCAUUGGAUUCUCUUCGCUGCAGCUGCCUCCUGUCUCAGUGGCAGCUUCACAAGGUAAUAUUUCAGUAAAUCCAAGCACUUCAGAUGGGAGCACAUUUACAAGUGAGUCCACCACAGUACAGCAAGGAAAGGUUUUCUUGAGCUCGCUUGCUCCCAGUGCAGUGGUAUACACUGUUCCUAAUUCAGGCCAGACUAUCGGAUCUGUGAAACAGGAAGGCUUGGAAAGGAGCCUAGCAUUUUCUCAGUUGAUGACUGUCAAUCAGAAUGCACAAGUAAAUGCAAACCUGUCUUCUGAAAAUAUCUCGGGGAGUGGCCUUCAUCCACUGGCCUCCUCAUUAGUUAAUGUAUCACCAACUCACAAUUUUUCCCUGACUCCCCCUGCGCUGUUAAACCCCACCGAGCUAAACCCUGAUAUUGCCGAUGACCAGCCAAUGCCUGCACCUGUGGCAAGCAAAUCUACUGUGACAUCUGUGGGCAACACUAACUAUGCAACUCUUCAGAACUGCUCCCUUAUUACUGGUCCAGACCUAUUGUCGGUCCCCAUGGCUCAGGCUGCCCUGGGGGAAAUAGUUCCUACAGCUGAAGACCAGGUAGGUCACCCCUCCCCAUCAGUACACCAGGAUUUUGUCAGAGAACAUCGUUUGGUUCUACAAUCAGUAGCUAACAUAAAAGAAAAUUUCUUACCAAAUUCUGAAAGUAAAGCAAACAGUAGCUUAAUGAUGCUGGACUCCAAAUCUAAAUAUGUCCUAGAUGGCAUGGUUGAGACGGUCUGUGAAGAUCUGGAAACAGACAAAAAAGAGCUUGCCAAGCUCCAAACUGUCCAGUUGGAUGAAGACAUGCAAGACCUAUAAACUAUUUCCUCCUCCCAUUCCUCCCCUUUUUUCUUUUUUGGCAUUGGCAGCCAAUCUUUUCAUGAAGCCCCAAGGACAUAAAGCAUUUUCCCGUUUAAAGGAAAACAUUCUACUUUUGCAAAUAAAUACGUUCAAGAGACAUUAGGUUGAUCUGCACGAAGAUCACAGUUUAAUAUACAGAACCAGAACUGCAUUUCUGCAGCCUUUUUGUUCACAUGUAAGGUUCUCUUUUAAAUAGAUGAGACAAAGGAACAAGCUAAAAUGUAUCACAUCAGAGUGUAUCAUUUAGUUGACUUACUAUACUUCUAAGGUCAAAAUGGAACUUGAUAAAUAGUUUUUUAAAUUAAAAAUGUAUACACAUAACAUAGAAAAUUAAAUAGAGCUGCAGAACGUUAGAAACAAUGUAAUUAAUUUUUAUUUACCUUUACUCCAUGGGCAUUGAUAGGUUAAGAAACAUAAACGGUACUCCAAACUAUUGUAAGGGUAUAUUUUUGAAGUUAAGUAGUAUAUAUAUAUAAUGGGUAUGUGUGCAUAUACAUAAGUAGCAAAUAUAUAUGUAUACACACACACACAUUUCUUUUUUAGCGUUUUGGAGAGUCUUGGUUUAAGUCUCUACACACUUCCAAAUGUGAUUGCUGAUAGUUCACAGUGUGGCUGAGAACAUUUGAAACUCCACUGAAAAUUCUGAAACAAACUUUGGUAUGAAUGUAAAUAUAUCAGUUCUAUAAGUAGGAUUUGAGUAAUUAACAGUGAAUUUUAUUUAUACUGUAUGUGUUUCUCUUAUAUUUCAGGCGCUGAAAAGGAAAAUGUUUUCUUACUGUUUAAUUUAUUUUUAUUGUUUGAACAGGAAGUGAACAUAGUUGUUUCCAACAAAGUUUUACUUUUUGUAGGAUUUUAAAGUAAAAUUAUUUUUAUCAGGAGUAAACUAAGGUCAAUAUUAAUAACACUGAAACAGGAAAUCUAAUUCCCAAUAUUGGAAUUUUGGUACUUUUUUUCACAUCCUUAUUCUUUAUUUAGCAACUCUGGUUCAUUUAAGUAUGUUUUUCUAUAGAAGUCUAUGUGCCUUUUUACCUUGUGGCCUUUUUAUUCGUGGUAAGGGACAGAAGUGUCAACAGCAGCACCAAUGGUUCUUUUCUACAACUUAACGGGGUUACUGUCACUACAAAAUUGCUUUAAAUCUGAAGAACUUAAGUUUCCCUAAAUACUAGAAAAUGUUUAUCAUGCAAAUGGUUCAACAACUAAUUAUUGAUGCUUUUCAUUACAAUGAAAAUAAUUGUAGAUACCCUGUAAAAUAAUUAUGCAGGCUAUGAAAACAACCAUUAUAAAGAAAGAAUAUAUAAACUCUAUUUAGCAAAAUCCUGUCAAAACUUAGUUCUAAAUACUUUGAAUCUGUUGUUACACUCUGACACGUGACUGUUGUUUGCACUAUAUUAUCAUGUUUUCUUUAAAGGUAAAUCUUUUGGGUUUCUGUAAGAAGCUUGUUUGAUAAUGUUGUGAGCUGAGCUGUGGUUAUAGUUUUUAUCGGGACUCUGAAGAUGUUAACAAUGCAAAUACAUUUAGGUAGUGAGUGAAGUUAUUCUCUUGGUCUCUAAAAAGCCAGAAAAAUAAGGAAAUGGUCUCUUCAGAGAUGACUUACAGUUGUACAUAAAGAUGUUACCAUAUCUUGCUUUUUUAAAGAUUCAGAACAAAGGGUCCACUCCAGGCAUUUCUACAUGCCAAUCAGCCAAGCAUAAGAGACUUAAAGGAUUUAACUUUUGCUGGAAUUUACAGGCUUAGAUGAGGAUCCCUAUGAAGAAUUCCUGUCCCAUCAUUUUAGUAAAGAAUUUACUUUUUUUUUUUUUUUGAGACAGAGUCUCACUGUGUCACCCUGAGUAGAGUGUCUUAGCUCACAGCAACCUCAAACUCUUGGGCUCAAGUGAUCUUCUUUCCUCAGCCUCCCAAGCAGCUGGGACUCCAGGCAUGUGCCACCAUGCCCAGCUAAUUUUUUGUUUGUUUGUUCUGUUUUUAGUAAGGUCUCACUCUUGCUGGGCCUGCUCUCAAAACUCCUGAGCUCAAGCAAUCCGCCUGCCUGGGCCUUCCAGAGUACUAGGAUUACAGGCGUGAGCUACCACACCCCGCCCAUUUUUUAAAAAAUGGUGUUAGUGAAUGUUCCUAAACUGCUGAAACUACAUGUUUGUUUUGUUUUUUACAAAAUCGGGUGUUGUAACAUUCUUUUCCACUCUACCACUACUUAUAGAGCUUAUUUUUUCUGUGGGUGUGGUGAUCAUGUUACUUUGAUGAAUUACAAGGUUCUAUAGUGUAGUUUACAUGAAAAUGACGUUUUCCACUUGAUUGCUGCAGAUAGCAAGAGUUUGCUAAUUGUUUUUAAAUAACCAUCCAAUAAGGGAGAUGGGAAGUUUAAAAAAUUAUAUAUGAUAUAUAUGUAUACAUAUAUAUACACAACUGGAAAAGUUUUAUAUAACGUUUUCCAAAAAUAUAAUAAACCUCUCUUUUAUUCAGAGUUCUUCCUUUUUUCUGCCUAUAAAAAAGAAAAGAUAGCACAAAACUUAAGAUUUCACCUAGGAAACUCAUUCAUGCCUCCAACAUGAUAUAAUUACAAACCUACAGUUACUCUAGGUGGCUACACAAUAUACCAGGUAAGAUUCAAUGCACAUUAUAAAGAAUUUAUUGUUCUUUUCUAUUCUUUCAGUUGGUACAUAGCCCAUGUAUAUGUGAAUGGAAUAAGAUAAACCCCAUGAUCUCCUUGCACAGCAUUGCGAAUGUUUUUUGCAAUACCAAGGGCCGGACUCAGAACCCUUUGGAGUUCAUGUGGCAGGAUUUCCCUCUGACAUAAAUCAAUGCUUGAAGAUCCUGCAAAUGUCCCUCCUGUGAUCUCUGAAGAUCAGAAUAGGGAUAAAUAACUCCCUGCAAACCUCAACCCCAGCUGCUGGCUGUGGGAUUUUGGGUCAAGCCUAUCUAUCUAUGCACUCUGAUCAGCCAGAUUUGGCAUUUAGGUGUUAGCGACUUCUAGUAAAGGACAGUCUGUUGUUUAAAGAGAAGGUGCAUUUGUCCCUCAAUCAAGCAGGAGCGCCUGUGUUGUACCGCUUCAUAUCUCAUGUAUAUUUAUAGUCAUGAAAAGACUCUGAAUUGUACACAUUUCAGUGCCUUUCUUGUGUUAUGAAAGGCAGGUAGAUGUUAUAGCCAUAGAUAAAAAUCCAUAGUUAACUCACACACUGAUAGGCCCUUGUACCUUGAGUGUCCAAGUUGCCCUGCUAUGCACUAGACAAGUGUGCUUUAGUGCAUUAAUUCUUUAAAAUGUUUUGGCAGAUCAUCUCAUAAUAAAAAUAAUUCAGGAAAACUGGAGAAAAGAAUUACGUAUUACAAAAGAGAUUUUAGAGUCUUCCUAAAUCUUAGAACCUAGCAGUUAAGUUGUAUCUAAUUGAUACAUUUCAUGUUCAUUUAAAUUAACAUUAUCACCAUAACCUUUUAUUAAUAAAAAUUAUAUAGCAUGUGACUCUGUUGGCUUUCAGGGUUAUCAAAAAAAUUAUCUUGUUGCAUGUACUGUAUGUUUAGAGGCAACCAGUUACAUAUUGAUAUGGUUUUACUGUGCCUUACACAAAGAGAAACUCUAUACAGAAUGUAUAUCAUGGGGUGAGGUACCAUAGUCUUUACUGCACUGUUAGGUGAUGGCACUCAGAGCAUGUCCCAGAACAUUUCUGUGCUUAAUUACCCAACCAAAGAGAUCUAAAGUAUGUAUGUUGUACUGUAAUGGGGGUUAUGCCUGGACAAUUAAGUGUUUUAUUUGUUUUCUGAAAUGAUGUGAACUUAUUUUUCUAAACACUAUGCUAAAUAAACUUUAUAUUUAUA